UCCCUUAUGUAGUUUAUUUUGCCGCAGAAUCCUCGCGCCAGCCGUUGUUUUCUCCGUGUCGGCCUAACGCUUCCUAAUACAGCUGUGUUCGGCGUCUCGUGGAGUCGCGUUGCGGAUCGACAACUGGUGGUGAAUUAUUGAAGACGUAGAGCGUCCGGUGGCCACUAUAAGAUCAAACACUGUCGUUGCGUCGAAGAGUCGACACUAGAGAGACUUAGCGGUACAAGCAUCACUGUUAGGAGUUACACGAAACAACAGUGUUAUUGGCUUUGCAGUAGUUAGAGCUUCUUCACGCAACACCAAAACUUUUUACAACUCCAAAAACUGAACAACUUUUAAACAUGUCUAAAGGCAACUUGUCGAAGAUUCCAGCGGAACAGAUGGAAGAGUUCCAGGAAGCAUUCAACUUGUUCGACAGAAAUGGCGACGGCAAGAUAACGGUCUCCGAGCUCCAGACGGUGAUGGCGUCCCUCGGGAAGAACGCCACCGAGGCUGAGGUCAAGGAUAUGAUCAACGACAUGGACAUCGACGGUAACGGCACGAUCGACUUCAGCGAGUUCGCCCAGAUGAUGAGCAGCAAGUGUCAGCGCGAGGCGGAGAACAGGGAGAUGCAGGACGCCUUCAACAUCUUCGACAAGAACGGCGAUGGCUUCAUCAACGCCGCCGAGCUCAAGCAGGUCAUGCACACGCUGGACGAGUCGCUCACGGACAAGGAGGUCAGCGACAUGAUCAAGGAGGCUGACCUCGACGGCGACGGCCUCAUCAACUACGAAGAAUUUAAAAUGAUGAUGGAUUCCAAGAGAUGAUUUACUUCAACGACAGAAUACCGCGAUGCGGCUGACAAAUUAUGCCUUGCUCUUCUCUUAUUUAAACUGCACGUUCCUAUUAUGCAUGUCAUAAUGCAGAUAUUGUCAUUCAUUUUUAUUGACAAGAAUAAUUGUAUAUAUUAUGUUGGCUUGUCAUAAUCUUUCAUAAACAUUUCUUACGAGAUACUGAUAUAUUACUAACACGUUUACACGUUUUCCCUUUAUUUCAGUAUUUAUUUUAUUUUUUUAUUUUUUUAUUUAUUUAUUGUUAGCCUUGAGUAUUAUGAGUAGAUAUGCCCGUGUAUUAAGUACUUAUAUAGACUGCGAAAUCCAGUGUUAAUCGCAUCUUGGUAGAGCAAUUUAAAAUAAUUUUGAAUUUGUAGACUUUGCGUUUAGAGUAAAGUAAACCUUGUUUAUAUUUAGACCAUAUUAAUAAGGUCUUAGAUGUAGAUUGAAUAGUAGGGUAUCAUUUUCUGUUAUAAUAAUAUAUGUAUAUGUUUUCUGCUUAUUGUUUUACUUUGUAUUUCUAUCACACAGUGCUUAUAACAUUUGAAGUGUAAAUUUAAAUUCAUCUUGGUUGUGGAUUGUAGAUGAGCUGAUAAACAAACUACACUGUGUAUUUGAGUGUGUAGUACUAUGUAGAUGGGUGUACGUGUGACACAGUCUUGCUUUUUGUUUAUAAGGGUUGUUGUUAGCUAAACAAAAUACAUGGACGUGUCGGAUAAAUUAUUUUAAUAUCUGGUACCCACAUAAUAUACUUAUUUUGUAACCACCCUAACAAUAGUAUUUAAUUUGUAACAAACACAUAAUAUACUUAUUUUGUAACCACCCUAACAAUAGUAUUUAAUUUGCAACAAUCACAUAAUAUGCUUAUUUUGUAACCACCCUAACAAUAGUAUUUAAUUUGUAACCACCACAUAAUAUACUUAUGUAGUAACCACCCUAACAAUAGUGUUUAAUUUGUAACCAUCAAGUACUAUACUUAAUUUGUAACUACCCACAGUCAUACAUUUAAUUUGAAAAUACAACGUAAGAUACUUAAUUUGUAAACCCUCAUAAAUUAUAUGUAAAUGUAAUAUUUCAUGGUUCCAUGAACGAAAAGGAAUAUGUAAAGUGUAGCAUCACAGCCACAAAGUAACAGCUAAACACUGUAUCCGGCUCUAAAAACCACCCAUGCGUAAAACACUGAUACGGCAUUAAAAUAAUGCAGUAUACUCAAUAGACAUAAAAACAAUUAAAACAUAUAUAUAU